AAUCUUAAAACCAAAAUGUUCAAAAUCAUCGCCUUGGUUGCCUGUCUGGCCGUCACCGUCCUGGCCUACGAGGACUUCAACAGCCAUCCGAGCUACAAGUACGAGUACGGAGUUAAGGACUCGCACACUCACGACCACAAGAGCCAGUGGGAGUCCCGUGAGGGAGACCACGUUAAGGGGCAGUACACCGUGGAUGAGGCGGACGGAACCCAUCGCGUUGUGGACUACAGCUCGGACCACAAGACCGGAUUCCAGCCCCAUGUCCAGCGAGUUGGUCAUGCUCAUCAUCCCCAUGGCGAGAGCUACUCCAACAUCAAGCAGCACUACUAA